ACGGGGCAACACAUCCAGAGUGUGACAGUUAUAAAUCAAAAUGAUCGAACGCCAUGAUCAUAAUGCUCAGCUUGAAGUUCCUCCGACCAUCCGAUCCCGAACAAUUAAAGGAUUGUUGAAGACUUGCAGGACCUAAGCGAAUAUUUUGAACCCCGCUUUGUUUUGCUGCAACAUCUUUCUGCAAACUCAAGUCGGGCUCAUCCAUCCUGCUCGUCAUGUCGCGCAGUCCCCUCGAUCUGUCGCCCCGUGGGCCGGCGGUGAACGUUGCCAUCAUGAGUGACUUCCUAGCAGCGCCGCCGGACCUUUUCACGGUUGUCGAAGGCUGCCGUCGGAAGCUUCGUCACGACCCUCGAUUAGUCACUGUCUGCGGCCAGUCGGCUAAGUUCCUCGACUCGAAAGGCGGAUGCUUGGCGGUUAGCAACAAGAGUGAGUUGGAUUCGAUUACGGAGGCUCUACUCACCCUCCCGCUCUUCUUUAAUGUUUUCCUGAAGCGCUAUCAAAAGGUCGGAAACACUACUGUCAUUAAUUUGGGUAAAGCAGCGGUGAUCGUGAACACGCAACACCCACACAUUCAAGACCACUUCAAGAGACUUCUGACGGAAGCUAAGAGGCUGAUGCAGCGAGGAAAGAGAUUCGCGGUGGAGUUCAACUUUAACAAAGUGAUAGAGGAGUGGAUGCAUUCGGCCUUCGUGUCGGCGGGGUUGGACGACGCGGACACAUCCUGCUUUCGUCGGGUGCUGUAUGUUAGUAUGUACGGAAGAGUCACCGUCACCAACCACGGAGAAAACGUGGAGCUCUUCACUUGUAGGGAUUGCAUCAAAUCGGAAGGGCUUAUCGUGUGGUGGGUCUUCUGCUUCCCUUGUUGUAUGUGCGUGUGUCCGAUAUAUAAGCUCCACAGAGCAUUACGGGUAACCGAUUUGGGUGGGCCAGUCGCUGGUGUAACUGCUACGGCCUUUCUCCCCUUGGGGGAGAUUGUUGGUGGCGAUUGGCGAGACUGGCUCGACGUGCUUCGAACCCCAAACAGACAAUUUGCGCUGCUACCGCUAUCGCGGGCAGAAGCCACGGUUUCCCAAGGUCCCUCAGUACAGACCAUGGAAGAUUCGUUGGCAGCAGAACAACUAGAGGAAAACAGAGAGAACGACAACGCGGUCCUGGGACAGUAGGCCAACAAUAUAAGCUCACUCUCUGAGCUUAUCACUAAGUUCGUUCCAAAGACGAGGGCCGGCAGAGUACAUUAUUUUGCAACUAAUCUGCUCCUUCGGCAUAUUAAUUUGCAAGUGUCUUAUGCAAAUGGAGUAAUUCUAUAGUUGGCACAAUAGUAUGCUGGGGACAUGGCCUCAGAUACUUCAAAAGACAAAAAAAUAUUGAAAACAAUCCCAUGCUUCUAUGGGAAGCCACGGUGAGUCAAUACAUGUACGUGAGCGCUGGAGUAAUAACAGUCACACUUCUAAACGCCUAUUAAUAACGUAGCAGCUACAAUUUAUAUGCUAUUAAAGGCUAAUGCAGAUGUAUGCAAAGCUGCAAGGACUGCAUUAUAAUGAAUGCAACGCGUAACUAACGUGUGAUUACUUUUUCUGUGGCUGAUUGGCCAAAAUAUCGCUCGAUCAUUUUGUAAAUGAUACACGGUGGUAUGAGAAUACAUUCUAUGUGGUUAUGUAUAUUCAUUUUGCUGUCAACAUAUAUGUCCAUGCACACUCUUUACCUCAAUGACAGGAGUGAUAUUGUGGUUGCCCAUAUAUAGAUUAGUACUGUGUGGGAAGUUUUCUGAUUGACGAUAAUAACAGUUUCCCCCCGGCCAAUUUCAGCAAAAGGUUGGUCAGUUUAACGCGAGGCCCAUUUAUUUUAAAAUGACUACUUUCCCGUACGCGAGUUAGCAUUCUAAACGCAAAAAGAAGUCAUCCCAUCUCGUUAUUUUGACAUUCUUUCCAGAAAUAGCCACUUCCGUUCACAUUCAAAUAGUAGUUUCGUUCAUUCAAAUUUAUCAAAGGUUUAAUGACGUCGCCCAAGAUUCGAUUUAGUCAAUAAGCAAAAAUUUUCAAAUAUAAAAUUUGUUCGUGUGACAUAAUUAUGCACUUUCUGACUCGCCCUUUGCCUAUAUAUGAAUGUUGAUUUUUGAGGAAAGAUCAUUUCAAAGGUGGACGUACAGCUUUCAGUUUACGUGAAGGCUUUAGGUUGUCAGGUCAGCAAGGUAGUUCUUUCUUCGCUUUCCACCUCUGUGGUCCCGGGUUCGAAUCCCAGCCCG